UAUUAAUUGAAGAAUAUUUACAACCUUAUUUUAUACUUUUACCAUCAUGGAUUACAAUAAAAAUCUAUUUAUAGUUAAUAUUUUAUAACUUAUUCCUCAGUUCCCAUAUAAAUCCACCUCUUUCCGAAAUUCCCAUCAUAUAAACUUGCUUCUCUAUAUUUUUAAUUGUUGUUAAAUCUUUCUAUCUCAGCAUUUCCCUCUGUUAUAGUAGUACUAUGUCGAUAGAACAAUAAUAACAUACGUAGCAUAUAAUAAUAUACAGUAAUAUAUACUCUGUAAAUGUCUUCUCCUGAAUCCCAUAAUAAUUUCUGUGAAGCUGAUGAAGCUGACAAAGAUGAUCAGCAAGAAAGCCAUGGGUCACGACAUGAUGAUGGCUUGACUGAUUCUAACGGGGAAGGCUACUUUGACCUGCCACCGGAAUCUUUUUGUAUCCCGGUGGUUUCCGAGAAAGACUGGUUGUACCAAAAUGCAACCGUGCUCCGGAAAACCUCCCGGAAGUUGGUGUUUCCCCGUGACUCUGGUCACGGCGUGAAGUGCUCUCGGGCGUCGUUGAACCGGAUGCAUAGUCUAUCACGCAUUGCUUUUCCAGCUACUCAGAAGUCCAGAGUGGCCGACGGAAACCACCGGAGUAAUGGGGUGAGCCUGUUCAGAAGCCAGUCUGAACCGGUUUGGAAUUUAGCCAUGCAGCAGCAGCCUGAACCAGCUUCUCCCCAUGUUACUUGUAUGGGAAGGGUCCGGUCGAGGAAGGGAGGAGUCGGGAGAACCGGGAUAGUUAAAUGGUGCAAGACAGUUCUAAGAAACCGAUUUGGAAGAAGCCGGGAUUCGAGCUAAUUUGCGUGUUCUAGUUGCACAUCAUCGGGUUCAAUGGUGUGAUGUAUAAAACCGGUUUGGAAGAAGCCCAGGUUUGAGCUAAUUACAAAGUUCCAGUUGCACAUCAUCUGGUUCAAUGGGUCUAAUCUAAUGUAUAACCCGGUCGUGAAUAAACUCCGACCAGUCUCGGCCAGGUUGCAAAUCCAUAGGAGUCUUUUUUAUUGCAUAUGUUUGUUUCUAUAUAAAAAGUAUGUAAUAAAAUAUGAGGAUUAAUUAGUUAUUCGUUCAUUAAUCACUUUUGUGUGAGCAUUCAAUAGUAAUCUAAUCACUUUAUACACUUCAG